UCUACAAAUGGUGAAAUUCCUGAAAAUCGUGCAUAUUUUACUUCGGUGUUAGAUUUAAAUAAGACGCGUUUGAUUAUUUAUGGUGGAGAAAGCAAUCAGGGCUAUACCCAUCCUGCAACCCCAACUUUAGCAGUAUUAGAUUUAAGUUCAAAUUUUACUUGGAUUUCUCAAAAUGUUUCUGGUGAUUUUACACCUCCUUCUUUGCUUCUUCAUACGGCCAAUGUUGUUAAAAGUUAUAUGAUCUUAGCAUAUG